UGAACCCCAACCGCACCGAGAGCGACUGGCAGGGACUGGUGAGCGAGUAUCUGGUGUGUAAAAGGAAGCUAGAAAGUAAGAAGGAAGCCCUACUAAUUCUUUCCAAGGAGUUGGAUACAUGUCAACAGGAAAGGGACCAGUACAAGCUUAUGGCUAAUCAACUACGGGAAAAGCACCAGUCGUUGAAAAAGAAAUACCGGGAACUCAUCGAUGGUGACCCAUCUCUUCCUCCUGAGAAAAGAAAACAGGCUAAUCUUGCCCAACUCCUGAGUGAUUCUCGGGAUCGAAAUAAGCACCUGGGAGAAGAAAUCAAAGAACUUCAGCAGAGGCUGGGAGAAGUGCAAGGGGACAAUAAGCUCCUUCGGAUGACAAUAGCAAAACAAAGACUUGGCGACGAGGAAGUUGGGGCACGCCACUUUGCGCCCCAUGAGCGUGAAGACCUUGUCCAGCAGUUGGAGAAAGCACGAGAACAAAUUGAGACUCUGCAACAUGAUCUUCAAGCAGUGUUGGAUGAGCUCCAAGAUGUAAAAGAGGAGCGCACUUUUUACCAAGAUAAGACUGACAGAUUAAACCAAGAGCUUAACCAUGUCCUCGGGGGACACGUAAACCGCAUUAUUGAUGUUGAUGCGCUUUGUAUGGAGAACAGAUACCUUCAUGAGCGAUUAAAGCAAAUUCAGGAAGAGGUCAACAUUCUCAAAUCGAAUAUUGUGAAGUAUAAAAAUGCUCUAGAAAGAAGGAAAAAUUCCAAGACUCAUAGUAAAUCAAAUAGCAGUGCACUAACUGGAGUCCUUUCUGCAAAGCAAGUCCAAGAGCUCUUAUCAGAAGAUCAUGGAUGUAGCCUACCAGCCACACCACAGUCCAUUUCUGAUCUUAAAUCUUUGGCCACUGCUUUACUAGAGACAAUCCAUGAGAAAAACAUGGUCAUUCAGCAUCAAAGGCAAACCAACAAAAUCCUAGGCAAUCGUGUCGCAGAGUUGGAGAAAAAGUUGAGAACUUUAGAAGUCUCUGGUUUGUGGAGCCUUCCAGGUGGCAAGGAUACCAUAACCUUCAAUGACCCCACUCUUCCUGUUAUUCAGAGGUCUCGAUCACCGUUGCUAACUCUCACUGAUGAGCUGGAGCAGAAGACAGAAGGAGAACAAACCAAGGAACUGGAGGAAAUGUCUACUGUUAAAAGAGAAUUGAUAUUUCCAGAGGAAACAGCUGCAGUUCCUGAAGAUUCCCACACAAACCAAAACAACGGUAACAAAACCAAUCAUUUUCACCCCUCAUUACCCCAGUUUCCUUGUGAGGAAGAGGAUGUAAAUGGCUUUGGGAAUGAGAUCAUAAAGCUGACAGAAGAGCAGACGGCUGCGGAACUGGAAGGGAGCAGAGCAGAACGUCUGACAGAGAGCCAGACAGCGGGUCAGCCAGACCUCAGCAGCUUAUCUGAAGGCGAAUCCCCCUUGCCCAGCCCUCAUCCCUCUGACUACACAGAACCAUCCAUCCUAGAGAAUGGACAUGCGAACGACAGCCAGGCUGUGGAAGGCGAGAGAGACGCCUCAGAAGGCGACGCUGAGAACACUGGUGAGGAAAAGGACGUGCGUGGCGGCACACUGGACGUGACAGAGAAUGAAAAACGAACGCUUUCAACCCCAGACUUAAGUAACAUUCCAGAUGAUAACCCUGACGUGGCGAAGGUGAGAGACCACCGUCCUGAUCUCGACUCACUGUGAACAUUUUGACCAUGGCCUUGCUUGCUGGAGGAAUGUUUGCUUACCCGAGUUGCCUCCUUGUUUGUCUGUUGAAAAGAUUUCCA